UGUCUUCUUAGUUUUUACAUUCUGUGUGUGUGUGUUCGACUAUUUUCCAAAUGUUUUGAGAAGACACUAUCCAACGAUUCCUUGGCACUGUCCAAACAAAUUGAUCUUUCACUGCCCCCUCCCCAUUUUCUCCCUCCUUUCUCUCGCUCUCUCUCUUUCUCUCAGUUCUUAACACAGACCGUAAAAACGCAAACGCAGUCGGACAUUGCAGACUUUGACUAAAUCAAGUAUAGAUCUGGAUGUCGAUGUUUCUGUGGACUAGCAGGGAUUAUUCUAAUUGUGUCUCAUACUUAGUUUGCCAGGUAUAGCUGUAAAAAUGACAAAACUCAGUGGCGCCAUUCUAUAGGUUAAACAAGCCGUGGAUCCAAUGUUCCGUGAGGUUUAAAUCUCUUGAACCUUUAAAUUAAGAUCAGCCAAGUGACAUCUUAAAGUUGGCUUAUUACGUUAUUUACAAUUUGAAAAAAAACAACAAACAACAACAGCAAAUUUAAUCAGUCCUUUGAACAUCUAACUAGACCUGAGCAUCCAUGUGACCUUUGAACAUCUAACUAGACCUGAGCAUCCAUGUGACCUUUGAGCAUCUAACUAGACCUGAGCAUCCAUGUGACCUUUGAACAUCUAACUAGACCUGAGCAUCCAUGUGACCUUUGAACAUCUAACUAGACCUGAGCAUCCAUGUGACCUUUGAACAUCUAACUAGACCUGAGCAUCCAUGUGACCUUUGAACAUCUAACUAGACCUGACCUUUGACGACAACUGAGGGUGAAGAGUUUGAUGCAUUUCAAGACUAGCAACAUUAUGUUGAAUUUAAUACAUUUUCAGAUUGCUUUCCCGGUCACUUUAGUUGUAACUCUAUCUUGUUUGUUGAGAGUUGUCGCCAGAUCAUCAUCAGAAACCUGUUCAUUGGGAGGGCAUGUCUACCAGGUGGGAGAGACAUGGCAUCCAGAACUUGACAUGUUUGGAAAAAAUUGCAUCAACUGUACAUGUUUACCGGGUGGCGAGACAGAUUGUAAGAAACAUGACUGCCCCAAACCUGAGUGUGAAGAACCAAAAGUUUUGAAAGGCCAGUGUUGCCCGACAUGUGGAGAUAUUGACAACCUUCCACCCACAGUCGGGACGGACACACCACAACAGCAAAACAAGAAAAAGCGUGGAUGUGACUUUCAGGAUGAGCACUAUGAGCACAGAGAGGUGUUUCCUUCCAACAAAACAGCCUUGGCACCAAAACAAGAUCAGUGUGUUCUCUGUGAGUGUUAUAAUGGUGAUGUAAUAUGUCACAUUAAGAAAUGUGUCAAAACUCCAGGAUGUAAGCAUUUGAUUGAAGCUGAUGAUGACUGCUGUCUCCAGUGCGCAAUGGUUGAUGUGGAGAAACCAAAAGCAAAAGCAGAUUGUGUAACUAACACUGGUAUUCAGGAGAAUGGUACAACAUGGAAACCUAUCAUAGUAUCUUAUGGGGAGAUGAAGUGUGUAGAAUGCUUAUGUUUGAAUGGAAAUGUGAGUUGCUGGAGACUGAAAUGUCCAGAGAAUUCUAAUCUUGAAUGUGAUGACCCGUUACCUGAUCAAGAUGGCUGCUGUCGAGAGUGUCCAAUGGACAAAAAAAAGAAAAGAAAAAAGAAAGAGAAUUCCAAGGCCAAUUGCAAACAUUUUGCUCUAUCUGGAUCUAAAACAAAUUGUUUGAACAUAGGCCCCAAAAGAGGUAACAAGAAGUCUGCUGAAGGAGACUCUGUGCUACUCAAGCCAAGUCAUGUGAAUGAUGUGAUCAACAAAUUAUGUUUACCAAAGUCAGCAGAGAAAUUAGUGUACUAUUCGAAAGGAAACACUUUUAUUUCUCUCACUUUGGAUGAUUACAAAAACAACACUAUCUAUCAAACAUACUGGGAACUUAAAAAUAAUCGCAUACAGACAACAGAGAAUCACAUCAUCACAACACCAGAUGAGUUUAGAAAAAGUACCCCACUGACAGACAUUUUAGGAGGAAUAGACAGUAAAACAGAGAAAGCUUUUUGGAAGAAACUGAACAAACGCCAAAGAAGAUGCAAGAAAAAAUGUCGCAGAAAACUGUUAGAAACAUCCAUCAUUAAAUUAAAAGUGACAAAAAUUGACUUCUCUAAAAAGAAAUGUAGCUUGUAGUAGGAGAAAUUGGGUAGAGGAGUUUCUAGAUGCAAUCAUCAGAAGACAUUUUGAUGUGAUAUAUCACGCUCAGCAUUCAUAGCCCAAGGUUGUGACACAUAUAUUCAACAACAAAACAAUUAUUAUGGAUCUUUUUGGUUGAAUUGCGAUAUUUUGUUUUCUGUCUUAUUGAUUACAUGUGUUGGUGUCAUUAUGAGCCAAAGCUACAUUAAACAAGAAGGUUGAACAUGGAAAUUAUUCUAUACCUUCUGUACUUCUAACUAAACAAAUACCAUUGUUGAAAAAGCUAUAACAGAUUAGUUUAACUACAACAAAUGAUGUGCAUUGUAAUGUAUUAUUCUUAGCAUUGUAUUGAAUAAAAACUAAUUUGAUGUCAGAAUAAAGGUCACAUGAUCACUACAGGUCAAAAGAUGACCAACCAGACUACAAAUCACAAAGUGUUGAGUUUAUGUAGUUAAACAAAAUUUCUAAUGUGAAAUUGUGAAUUCAUCCAGAAACAAAAACUGCAACAGGCACUGACUGACAAACUGAUGUAGAAAACAUUCAAUAUACUUUUUUUUUUGUCAUACAAAUGCUACCAAUCAAUGGAAGGGAGGAAAUUCUGAUACCCACUCUCUUUCUGAAAGAAAAAUCCUCAUUUAUUAAGUGCAAAGAAUUGAUUUGGUAGGUGCCAGAUAUCUGUAUUAUCUUGUAUGCGCUGUAGUAAUGCUUACAUACAAUAUUAUUUUACCUACCUUAUGUGUUUAAUGUGAAUUUAAAAAAAAAAGACUUUUUGGAAGUGGCAUGAGCAAAUUGAUGUGUUUCACAUAUAAACACCUGAUGAGGAUCACACAUAUUACACACAAGACAAUGAUGGAAAAAUGUCCAUUAUAUGAAAGACAAAUGAAAAAAUACCCACUUUGCUCAAGAUAGUGAUGGGGAAAAUGUCCAUUACACACAAGGCAGGGAUGGAAAAAAUGUGCAUUAUACACAAGACUGAUGAGAAAAAAUGUCCAUUAUACACAUGACAUUGAUAUGAAAAUGUUCAUUAUGCAUUAUGAUGGGAAAGUCCUUUACAUGCAAGACAUAGCGAUGGAAAAGUCUUCAUCACAAAAAUGUAAUGGAAAAAAUUUUCAUUACAGACAAGACAUAGUGAUGUAUUCUCAGAACAAUUAAUGACUUAUGAAAUUAAUUAAUGAAACACUUUCAAUGAAUUUUUUUGAUUGUAUUAUGGUUCAAAUGAAUUAUUCAUGUUCUCUAAUUAUGGUGUCAGCAUGUUACUUACAUCCAAUGGGUCUUAACAGUCAUUCAAUUAUUUUAUGUAGAUUGCAAUGAAACAAAAAAUUCUAAUGUCAAAUAGAAUUAGUAUGUAGACCUUAGUGUAGACUUUUCCUUUGCAGGAAAUUUAUUCUCAGUCAUUUAAAAAAACAAACUUUAAACAUUUUGUAUGCAUAAAUUUGACAUUGUUUUGAUGCCUUAUUGUUUUAAAAAUGAUUGUGAGCUUUUGCCACUAAGAAAUUUUGUUGAAUAAAUGUUAUUCAUUGGUUGAGA